AUGCAGUGACACUUGCAUUCUGUGUGUGCAUGCGUGUUUGCCAGACAGUGUCGAAAUAGAAAGUGAGGGAGCAGGAGGAAGAGAGGGAGGGAGAGAAAAGGAGACGGAGGGGGCAAACGCGCGCGCGCGCGCGUGUAAGCUAGCUACUCUAGUGCAGAGGGAAAAAAAGGAAUAAGAAAAUUGAGGUAGCCGCCAUAUGCUGAGGAUUUUGUGAAUGUCUCGCUGAGGGGAUAGACUCACGUUUUUUUUGCAGGACCGUGAAAGAUGGGGAGCUCUCAUUUGCUGAACAAAGGCUUGCCUUUAGCCUCUCUUGGUGCAGGCAUCAGGCCUCCCAUAAUGAAUGGGCCCAUGCAUCCUCGGCCACUGGUGGCGCUGCUGGACGGGCGUGACUGCACGGUGGAGAUGCCCAUCCUGAAGGACGUGGCCACUGUGGCCUUCUGCGAUGCCCAGUCCACCCAGGAGAUCCACGAGAAGGUGCUGAAUGAGGCUGUGGGGGCCCUCAUGUACCAUACCAUUACCCUCAUGCGGGAGGACCUGGAGAAAUUCAAAGCCCUCCGGAUCAUUGUCCGCAUCGGCAGCGGCUUCGACAACAUCGACGUCAAGUCCGCCGGGGAAUUGGGGAUAGCGGUGUGCAAUGUGCCCUCGGCCUCGGUGGAGGAGACGGCCGACUCCACGCUGUGCCACAUCCUCAACCUGUACAGACGCACCACCUGGCUGCACCAGGCUCUCCGUGAGGGCACAAGGGUCCAGAGUGUGGAGCAGAUUCGGGAGGUGGCGUCUGGAGCUGCCCGCAUCCGGGGGGAGACGCUUGGAAUCAUCGGACUGGGGCGUGUCGGCCAGGCCGUGGCUCUCCGGGCCAAAGCGUUUGGCUUUAACGUGAUCUUCUAUGACCCGUAUCUGUCUGAUGGGAUGGAGCGGGCCCUGGGCCUGCAGCGGGUGAACACCCUCCAGGACCUGCUCUUCCACAGCGACUGUGUCACACUGCACUGCAGCCUGAAUGAGCACAACCACCACCUCAUCAAUGAUUUCACCAUCAAACAGAUGCGCCAGGGUGCGUUCCUGGUGAACACAGCGCGGGGGGGGCUGGUGGAUGAGAAAGCCCUUGCUCAGGCUCUCAAAGAGGGCAGAAUACGGGGAGCAGCUCUAGACGUCCACGAGACAGAGCCCUUUAGUUUCAGCCAGGGCCCACUGAAAGACGCCCCCAACCUAAUCUGCACACCCCACGCAGCCUGGUACAGCGAGCAGGCCUCCAUCGAGAUGAGGGAGGAGGCAGCACGGGAGAUCCGCAGGGCCAUCACAGGUCGCAUUCCAGACAGCCUGAAGAACUGUGUGAACAAGGAGUUUCUCACCCAGAGCACUCACUGGACUGGCAUGGAUCCUGCCAUCCAUCCCGAGCUUAACGGAGCUUACAGGUACCCCCCAGGAGUAGUGAGCCUGGCAUCCGGUGGCCUGCCCCCACCUGUGGAGGGGAUCGUGCCAAGCGCUGUGCCCAUAAGCCACAGCCUGCCCCCUGUAGCUCACCCACCCCACGCCCCGUCCCCGGGCCAGACGGGAAAGGUGGAGGCAGACCGGGAGCAGCACCCCAAUGAGCAGUUGUAGCCAUGCUGCCCGUCAACCCCAUAUCCCAUCCCUCAUCUCCCUGAGCCUUUCUGUGCCAAUCCAGAACCCUCCUGGUCCUUCCUUACCCAGAAGAAGAAGAGCAGACCAGGCUGCCAGGCUCUGAAACAGCCACGCCAAACGAAAAAGGAACCUAGUAACCACAACUUCCUGUCUGAAAGCAGAUGACCGUUUGAACUGAAGGUGGCGGAUUGUGCUCUGGCUCCCUCUCUCACUCUCUCUUGGUCCUCUCUCCCUCUAUCUCUCUUUCUCACUCUCUUUUUAUUUACUUUUUUUUUUUGGGGGGGGGUGGUACCUUCGUGGGGGGGGAAAAAUAAUAAUGCUAAAAAAGAAACAAUCUUGUGGAUUUGAAACAAAUCUUCUCCCUAAGGCAAAUCCUGAUGGUUUAGAUUGUAGUCUGUCCAAGUGCAGUGGGCGAUUUUUAUCUGUUUUUCUGUGUCCAAUGGGUUUCAUUGUUAAAACCAACCGUAGUUAUGAAUGUAACCUGUUCGUGUACAGUUUUUAGGGUAUGAUCAUUGGUUUGUAGAAAAGAAAAAAAGAAAAACAGCAUAAAGGGGAGGUACCCAGCCAACUAAUAGAUAUUACAAAAAAUAUAUUAGAAUCUUUUUGUUUCUUUGUUUAAUUGUUGUUUUUUUGUUUGUUUGGGUUUUUUUUUUUUUUUUUUUGGUAUAAUUUUAAAAGCCCCGAAAGAGGCGCGUUUUGCACACCCUCUCAGGAAAAUUAUUUCCCCUCCCUCCCUUUUGAAUUAUAACACAUUAGUGCAUUGUUUUUUUUUGUAUCCAUGUGUCUUUUUGUAGUCAAAUUUAGUACAGUACUUUCAAAAAGUAUAUUCAUUGUGUUUUUUUUUUUUGUUUUGUUUUGUUUUUUUUUUGUUAGCAUGUACUACCUUAUGUGAAGGUAAAAAAAACAAAAAACUAAACAAAAGAAAAGGAAAAAAAAGUUGUCUUGUGUAAAGCUGGCGUUAUGCUUGCCUGUUUCUGUGUAACUUGAUUGUACCGUGUUUUACGAGGCAGCUCCAAGCUGCUGGGAUAGUCGCAGCGUUCCAUCGCCUACAUAGUUUCCUUCCUGGUAAAGUGGUAGGCUAGCAAUAUACAUACUAUAUAUACUAUGAGAUAUCAUUAUUUUUUGUUAAACAGAAUCCAAAAAGAAAUGUUUGUGACUGU